AUGACUGAAAAAGCAAUGACCAUGGAACAGCUGGAAGAAACAGUGAAACAUACUGAUGAACAAUUAGACCUAAUGGAAUGGAAGAUGGACAAUGUAGAGAAACAAAUGGUGGAGCCCAUGGACAAUCAGGAUGUGUGCAUUGUCAACUUACUUAAAUCAGUCUCGGAGGUUCGCUCGGACUAUCAGCAGCUGAGACGCGAGCUGGUCGAGGUACAGGCUCUGCAGCGCGAGUUGUCCACACGUCUGCGAUCCCAGUUGCGUAUAGUACACGGGAAGUUCGCCAGGCUGAGACAGCGCAUCGCCGCCGCUUCACCACCCCGCUAA